UCAACCUAACGUCAGCGAUUCUUUGGGUUAUUUAUAUCAGUAGCACUGAGGAAUCGCGUUAGUCUCAAUUAAGUAGUGAAACUGUAAGAGCCACACGAUGUUUUCGCAUCGAGGAUUAUUCUUAGCAGUGACCAUCUCGCUGGCAAGUAUCGUACUUGCCGGCGUCCUCUAUCAACCCGGGUAUGAACAUCAAUACAAUAGCAAUUCACGCUAUUUGCAAGAUCAGUCUGCUCCGCAGUACUGGACACAGUCUCCGAUUGAACAACAUCGCGCGGAACAAUUACCGACGCGAUAUCGUCCGGGAGUUCAAACGGUGUAUCCCUAUGAAUCGAACCAAGUCAAUGCUCGUUCAAGUGAGCCAAUUAAUUUUCCUCCAAACACCAUUUUCAUUCCCUGGCCAAUAUACCCCCAGCCUGGCCUCUUGUAUCUAGACUUGUUAAAAAAUGCCUCAAAAAUAAUAGAAAAUGAAGAUCCAAAAGAGGCUAGGCGUGAAACAGUGGAAGAUUAUGAAAAAAUUAUUUUCCGACGCGGCCUGAACGGAGGCCGCUCUCUUCAACCCUUGAUGGUGCACAACCGAAGGAAAAGAUCGGAUCCUGCAAGCACUGAAUCUGAGGUCGUUGCACAUGACAAUGAUGUGGCCGCGAAGUCGCCCUCAACUGACGCCAAGCAUCCUGCAACCAUCGACUCGUUACUUCCAGAACAUGAGCCUACUGAUACUACUGAUAAGCGUGUGGAGAACCGUCAGAUCAGGAAUGACUACAUAACAAAUCCAUUCGGUUUUUAUACAGAAGAUACGCACCCUGAACAUACAUACAACAUUCCCAACAAAUGGCAAAGUAUGAUUGACCAGUAUUAUACAAAUCGUCAUUCGGAACCUCCAAACGUCGCGCAAGGCAAGGCAUGUUGCGACGAUUACAAUAAACCUUUGAUGAGAUUCGCGCAAUCUUCGAGUUCGCAGAAAUCGAACGAUAACGAUUAUAGUAGUAAAUACCGAGACAGUGCAGCAGACACUGAGAAAGAAACGUUUUUUGAAGCGCUGCUGAAAAAAUUGCAAUUAAUAUUAAUUAGGCCCGAUAUAAUAGUCUAUACCCCUUAUUAAUUGGACAAAAGAUGAUCCCGAGAGCACUUUUCCGAUGACCAUUGGAGAUAAUCUUUACCCGACCCGAAAGAACGUUUAUACUGGAAUGAGUGUCAAAGACGAAAGAUUCAACGAUUACAACGACUAUACACUACCUUAUGAAACGUUUGCUAAAGUUUCCGAGUAGUAAGUGUUACAGAUAUGACUCUUUUAUCAAUUUCUGCCACGUUAUCUUGAAGCAACGAGUUGGUUGAUCGUAAUGAUUUUCAUGUUUUAUUUAUCACACUUAAUUACUAUUAUACCAUGCACGCAUAAUUUUUUAUAAAGGUACAUUCCUUCUUAAACUUCGUCCCCUCGGUAGUCGAACUUUUAUAUAUGAUUUGCUACAUAAGGAAUAAAAUGUUUCAUUUUGGUAUAUUAUAAAUCUAUGUAUAUG